GCAUCAUUCCAGACGCGCAUUUCACUCAUUCUUGGGGGACGGAGAAACGGAAAAGAAAAUCAUGGACAGAGAACAGGAGGAGCUUCAAUUUCUUGGCUUCUUUGGCAUCUUCAAAGAGUCCUUCAAAAUCAUACUUACAUGGAGAAAAAUCUUCAGCCAAAUCACUCUGGCUCUCAUCCUCCCACUCUCCUUCAUCUUCCUUGCUCACAUCCAAAUCUCCCAGCUCCUCUUCUUCCAUAUUCUCGACAACGAAGACAGCUUGGAUCACACCCCAAAGAACACUCCCCGUUAUGCCAAGCUUUCCGAUGUCAUCUCCUCUGAACGGACUGCCUUUUGGGCCUUCAAAGCAGCCUACUUUACCUUCCUUCUCAUCCUCUCCCUCCUCUCCACGUCCGCCGUCGUCUACACCAUCGCAUCCGUAUACACGGCCAAGGAAAUCACCUUCAAGAAGGUCAUGAGCGUUGUCCCAAAGGUUUGGAAAAGGCUUUUCGUCACUUUCCUCUGUAGCUUUGCCCUUGUUUUAGUCUAUAACAUUGUUGCAGCAGUUUUACUCAUCUCGUGGGCAGUUUUUGUUGGAUUUAGCGCCUUUGGGGCUACUAUUUUUGUACUUCUUUUGAUCGUUUACUUGAUUGGGUUCGUGUAUAUAAGCAUCGUUUGGCAUCUGGCAAGCGUGGUGUCCGUUUUAGAACCUGCUUAUGGAUUUAAAGCCAUGAUUAAGAGCAAGGCGUUGAUAAAGGGUAAGAUGGGACCUGCUGUUGGUUUCUUUAUUCUGCUGUCUGCUUGCUUUAUUGGAAUUGCAGUGGUUUUUGAGAAUUUUGUUGUGCUGGGGAUGGUGCCGGGUGCAGGAAUUAAAAUUUUGGUUGCAAUUGUUUGCUUCUUGUUUGUGUUCAAGUUGAUUCUCUUUGGUCUUGUUGUCCAAACUGUUAUCUACUUCGUUUGCAAGUCAUAUCACCAUGAAAACAUCAACAAGUCCUCUUUGGCGGAUCAUCUUGAGGUUUAUCUCGGGGAGUAUGUUCCUCUCAGGGCAAAGAAUGUCCAAUUGGAAGACUUUCAUGUUUAGCUAUUUAGCAGACAUGCUGCUAUACGACUGAGUUGAGUGUUAUAAUAAGAGUCGAGUCGUGUAGCAGUUCACUAAAUGACAUUAAUCUUAUCUUGGUAUUAUCUUAGUGUUACUCUUUGAAACUUCAUGUGGAAUGGGACUAUGUUUCCUUA